GAGGAGGAGGAGGAGGAGGGACUCCGCAGCGGCAACAACUGACGUGUCCCCGCCAUGGAGCUCGGCGUGAUUCAUCAGCGGCGGCGGGGCGGCAGCGGGAUGCCGCGCUCCGCUCCCGCGUAGGCACUGCUGCGGCGGGGGCAGCCCCGGCACGGCUCUGCCGCCCGCGCCGCCCUCCUCCUCCUCCUCCUGCUCGCCGCCUGCUUCUCUUCCCCCGCGGCUAGGCGAAGAUCCCGAGGGAGGCAAGAUGGAAGAAAUCCUGCGAAAGCUGCAGAAGGAGGCGUCGGGGAGCAAGCACAGGGCCAUCAAGGAGAGCUGCACCUGGGCCAUCGAAACCUUGGAUUCUCCUGAUGCUGCUAUCAAGAUACCUCCAUAUCAGCUAAGGGAGAAGUGUCUUCUUCCUCUUCAACUGGCUCUGGAAUCCAAGAGCAUGAAGCUGGCCCAACAGGCUCUAGCAGGGAUGCAGAAGCUGCUGUCUGAUGAGAGGUUUGUAUCCGUGGAAACAGACUCAGAUGAGAAACAGUUGCUUAAUCAGAUGCUGAAUGCCGUCAAAGUGACUCCUUCACUCAAUGAAGACCUGCAAGUUGAAGUGAUGAAGGUCCUGCUCUGUAUAACAUAUACCUCUACAUUUGAAUUGAAUGGGAGUUCAGUGUUGAAGAUUGCUGAGGUUUGCAUUGAGACAUAUGUAUCUAGCUGUCACCAGCGGAGCAUUAACACCGCUGUGCGGGCAACCCUCAGCCAAAUGUUGAGUGACUUGACUUUACAGUUACGACAAAAGCAAGAAAACAUGACAAUUGAAACCCAUGACACCCUGCAAAAAUUCAAGAGUCAAGGUACUUCAGUGGAGUCUCUUUGUGAUGAUGUUGUAUCUGUCCUCACUGUGCUCUGUGAGAAGCUCCAGGCUGUCAUAAAUGACAAUCGGCAACUUCAGCUUCUUUACUUGGAGUGCAUCCUUUCCAUGUUAAACAGCUUCUCUCCCAGCAUGCACCAGCACAAAGGAUUCACUGAUCUAAUAUGGAAGCAACUGUGUCCAGCCCUAGUAGUAAUCUUGGGAAAUCCAAUCCAUGACAAAACUAUCACCUCUGCUCACAGCAGCAUCUGUCUUGAGGCUGAUUCACCUUCCUCAGGGAUCUCUGAUCAUGGCCGAGGUUCAGGUUGUUCCUCCACAGCACCUGCCCUUAGUGGGCCCGUUGCACGGACCAUAUAUUAUAUUGCAGCAGAACUGGUUCGACUGAUGGGGUCAGUGGAAUCCAUGAAGCCUGUGCUACAGUCUCUAUAUCACCGGAUUUUGCUUUACCCACCACCUCAACAUCGAGUAGAAGCCAUCAAAAUUAUGAAAGAGAUACUUGGCAGUCCUCGUCAGCUUUGUGAUUUGGCAGGGCCCUGCUCUUCUGAAUCAGAAUCCAAGAAGAGGUCUAUUUCUAAAAGGAAGUCCCAUCUGGAUCUUCUCAAGCUUAUCAUGGACGGGAUGACGGAAGCGUGCAUCAAAGGUGGUAUUGAAGCAUGUUAUGCUUCUGUGUCCUGCGUCUUUGCCCUGCUUGGAGCAUUAGAUGAGCUGAGCCAAGGGAGGGGGCUUAGUGAAGAGCAGAUCCAGCUGCUGCUCCAGCGCUUAGAAGAAUUGAAGGAUGGGACUGAAACGAGCAGGGACUCCAUGGAAAUCAAUGAUGCUGACUUCAGGUGGCAGAGGCGCAUCCUGUCCUCAGAAAAUCCUGCCUGGGAAUCAGGAAAUGAGAAGAGUCCUGAUAUUAGCAUUAGCGUUACCACAGACACUGGUCAGACUACUUUGGAAGGGGAUAUGGGACAGACAACUCCAGAGGAUAAUCCAGAAAGUCAAAAAAACUCACUGCCAUCUCCAGCUGGACAUGAAAGCAAAGAGAUUCAUUACAGAGAACCAGAGUCAGAAACCAUUGACCAGCCAGAUGUUGUUCAAAGAAGCCACACCAUAGUCUAUCCAGAUAUAACUAAUUUCUUAUCAGUUGAUUGCAAGACCCGGUCCUAUGGAUCCAGAUACAGUGAAAGUAACUUCAGUGUAGAUGACCAGGACCUUUCUAGGACUGAGUUUGAUUCAUGUGAUCAGUAUUCCAUGGCAGCAGAAAAGGAUUCAGGCAGGUCUGAUGUCUCAGACAUAGGCUCUGACAAUUGCUCCCUGGCUGAUGAGGAGCAGACACCACGGGAUUGUCCAGGUCACAGGUCCUUACGUACUGCUGCUCUCUCUCUGAAAUUGCUGAAAAGCCAAGAAGCAGACCAACACAGUGCACGGCUGUUUAUCCAGUCACUUGAAGCUCUCCUUCCUCGGCUUAUAGCUCUUCCCAGCGUAGAAGAAGUGGAUGAAGCACUGCAGAGCUUCUCUUCAACAUUCUGCUCAGGUAUGAUGCACUCACCAGGAUUUGAGGGAACCCUAAAUUUCAACUUCCAGACUCUGAUGAAUGCAGACAGUCUCUACGUGGUAUCACAUUACACUCUCCUGCUUAACCUAAAAUUGGCCAACUCAGAUUACUACAGGAAGAAGCCUGCCCAGGCCCCUGUGUUGCUGAAGGAGUUCAUGAAGCAGGUCCAGUCCAGUGGAGUGUUGAUGGUAUUUUCCCAGGCCUGGAUUGAAGAACUGUACCACCAGGUGCUAGAAAGGAACAUGCUGGGGGAAGCUGGAUACUGGGGAAGCCCUGAGGAGCACAGUCUUCCACUUAUCAGCAUGCUGACUGACAUCGAUGGCUUGGGAAGCAGUGCAAUUGGUGGCCAAUUGAUGGCAUCUGCUUCAGCUCAAUCUCCUCUUUCCCAAAACCAGAAGACAGAUGAUUCUGUUGUUGCAGGAGUUGCUUUUGCCCGAUACCUUUUAAUCGGCUGUUGGAAGAACUUGAUUGACACUUUGUCCACCCCACUGACUGGCCGCAUGGCAGGCAGCUCCAAGGGGCUGGCUUUCAUCUUGGGAGCAGAAGGAGCCAAGGAGCAGAACCAAAAGGAGAAGGACUCCAUCUGCAUGAGCCUGGAUGGAUUGAGGAGGGCAGCCCGGCUGAGCUGUGCUCUAGGAGUUGCUGCUAAUUGUGCAUCUGCUCUUGCCCAAAUGGCUGCUGCCUCCUGUGUCCAAGAAGAGAAAGAGGAAAAAGAAAUCCAAGAACCCAGUGAUACUAUAGCUCAAGUGAAACAGAAAGUGGAGCAGAAACUGGAGCAGAUGGGAAAAAUGCAGGGAGUCUGCUUGCACACUGCUCAUGUUUUGUGUAUGGAUGCAGUCCUUAAUGUGGGUCUGGAGAUGGGAAGCCACAAUCAAGACUGUUGGCCUCAUGUGUUCAGGGUGUGUGAGUACAUCAGCACUCUGGAGCACACUCACUUCAGUGAUGGUGCUUCCCAGCCCUCCCUUACCAUCACCCAGUCACAGCAGGCACCUGGAGGGCUACACCCAGCCUCUGAGCCUGGUGACUCUCCUCAGGCAUUCACCCCUGAGCAGGAGACCACCCUCAGCAGCCAUCCUGUCAUUCAACCCGUUUCUAUCCAGGAUCUCAUCAAGGACAACAGUAAGGGCAGAGCUUUUGAAUUCCGUGGAGGCAGUCUGCUGUGUGGGACCAGUGCUGCCAAGGCUGUUCUCACACUCUCCACGCAAGCUGACAGGCUCUUUGAAGAUGCUGCUGACAAGUUAAACUUGACGGCAUUGGCAGGCUUCCUUUACCAGCUCAAGAAGGCUUCUCAGGCCCAGCUUUUCCAUUCAGUUACAGAUACAGUUGAUUACUCACUAGCAAUGCCGGGUGAAGUAAAAUCUACCCAGGACAGGAGGAGUGCACUUCACUUGUUCCGACUUGGUGAUGCCAUGCUCAGAAUUGUAAGGAGUAAAUCUCGCCCAUUGCUCCACCUCAUGCGCUGCUGGAGCCUGGUGGCACCUCACCUUGUAGAGGCUGCCUGUCAUAAGGAGAGGCAUGUGUCUCGAAAGGCUGUCUCCUUCAUCCACGACAUCCUCACUGAAGUGCUGAUGGACUGGAAUGAGCCUUCUCACUUCCACUUUAAUGAGGCGCUUUUCCGCCCCUUUGAGCGCAUCAUGCAGCUAGAGCUGUGUGAUGAGGAUGUUCAGGACCAGGUGGUCACCUCUAUAGGAGAGUUGGUGGAAAUGUGUUCUACCCAGAUCCAGUCGGGAUGGAGACCCCUGUUCAGUGCCCUGGAAACAGUGCACAGCAGCAACAAGUCAGAGGUUAAAGAGUACCUUGUAGGAGAAUACUCUAUGGGAAAACGCCAGGCUCCAGUGUUUGAUGUCUUCGAAGCAUUUCUAAACACAGACAGCAUCCAGGUCUUUGCCAAUGCUGCCACCAGUUAUAUUAUGUGCCUUAUGAAGUUUGUCAAAGGACUGGGGGAAGUAGAUUGUAAGGAGGUGGGUGACUGUAUGCCAGGAUCAGGAUCUGCAUCUACAGACUUGUGCCUUCCUGCGCUUGAUUACCUCAGGAGAUGUUCUCAGUUGUUAGCCAAAAUCUAUAAAAUGCCCUUGAAACCCAUCUUCCUCAGUGGUCGGCUGGUUAACUUGCCCCGAAAAGCGCAGGAACAGUCAGCCAGCAGUGAGGAUGGUAUUGAGUGCAUCCUUUCUGACUUUGAUGACGACACUGGCCUUAUCAAUGUCUGGAUUAUUCUGCUGGAAGAAUUAACAACUGCCAUAUCCAACUGUCCCCGUCAACACCAGCCUCCUACUUUGGAUCUGCUCUUUGAACUGCUGAGGGAUGUUGCCAAGACACCUGGACCAGGAUUUGGCAUUUACGCGGUUGUACAUCUUCUUCUUCCUACGAUGUCUCUUUGGCUCCAUCGCAGCCAUGGUGAUCAUUCUUACUGGGAUGUAGCAUCUGCUAAUUUCAAGCAUGCCAUUGGCCUUUCCUGUGAACUUGUAGUGGAGCACAUUCAAAAUUUCAUACACUCAGAUAUUGGUUAUGAAAAUAUGAUCAAUACUAUGCUGAAAGAUCUUUUCAAGUUGCUGGUAGCCUGUGUGGCAGAACCAACAGAAAUUAUUUCCAGAGUUGGCUGCUCUUGUAUCAGGUAUGUGUUAGUGACAGCAGGGCCUGUUUUUACAGAAGAGAUGUGGAGACUUGCCUGUUGUGCCUUGCAGGAUGCCUUCUCUGCCACUCUGGAGCCAGUAAAGAACCUGUUGGGCUAUUUCCACAGUGGUUCUGAAAGCUUUAGUGGAGAUGCCUGUGAAGUGAAGGUGGCAGCCCCCUCCCUCUCGCCAAGUGCUGAAGCGGAAUACUGGAGAAUCAGAGCCAUGGCACAACAGGUCUUCAUGCUGGAGACUCAGUGCUCCCCAAAGACUCCUAGCAACAAGGAAGGGUUUGAACAUGCCCAGUCAUGUGUGCUCAUCAUUGACCUGCCACCAGAUAAGAAACCAAAUGGGCAUAGCCAGAGAAGGAAGCUGGGUAUUCCUUUCAGGACGAUAGUGGUGAGCUUGCUGUCCCACCAAGUACUGCUCCAGAAUUUAUAUGACAUCUUACUGGAAGAAUUUGUGAAAGGCCCUUCUAACUUGGAGGAGAAAAUGACAAUACAAGUACCAGAAAACAAGUUGGCUGGUUUUCUCAGGUACAUCUCCAUGCAAAACCUGGCUGUCAUCUUUGACUUACUGCUGGACUCCUACAGAACAGCCAGAGAGUUUGACACGAGACCUGGUUUGAAGUGUUUGCUGAAAAAAGUAUCUGGCAUAAGUGGAGCUGCCAACUUGUAUCGACAGUCGGCAAUGAGCUUCAACAUCUACUUCCAUGCCUUGGUCUGUGCAAUCCUGACAAACCAGGAGAACAUCACUGCAGAGCAAGUGAAAAAGAUCCUCUUUGAAGAUGAUGAGAGAAGCACAGACUCAUCACAGCAGUGUUCUUCAGAAGACGAAGACAUUUUUGAAGAGACUGCCCAGGUCAGUCCCCCCCGAGGGAAGGAGAAGAGGCAGUGGAGGGCUCGAAUACCAUCUCUGAGCGUGCAACCUGUUAGCAAUGCAGACUGGGGGUGGCUAAUCAAGCGGCUUCAUAAGCUCUGCAUGGAACUGUGCAACAACUAUAUCCAGAUGCAUCUGGACCUGGAGAAUAAUGUAGAGGAGCCUCCAGUAUUCAAAGGUGACUCCUUCUUCAUUUUACCAUCUUUUUACUCAGAAACCUCCACCCCAUCGACUGGAGGGCUAUCUGGAAAGGACACACCAUCAGAAGAUGACCGCAGUCAAAUCAGGGACCAACUGGGAGACAGCCUGACACCUCGAGGAGGAAGUGGAGAAAUGUUGCUGCUCCCCCCACCCUUAAGUCCUAAACCAGAGAAAAAAGAGCAAACCAAGAAAAAAGAAUGGUGGGAGAGCGCUGGCAACAAGAUCUACACUAUAGCCACUGACAAAACCAUCUCCAAGAGAAAGCAGCAACAGGCCAUGACAUCCUUCACCAAAGAGAUCAAAGUGGAAAAGAAAGGGGAGCUCCUGGGUUCAAGAGGGCCAGAUUCACCCGUACUCCAGCGGCCACAACACCUUAUAGAUCAAGGUCAAAUGAGGCAUUCAUUCAGUGCUGGUCCAGAGAUCCUGAGACAAGAGAAGAGACCACGCUCAGGAUCUACAGUCAGCUCCUUGAAUAUAUCUGUUAGGGAUGCUGAGGCCCAGAUACAGGCAUGGACCAACAUGGUGCUGACAGUUCUCAACCAGAUUCAGGCCCUGCCAGACCAAACUUUCACAGCCCUGCAGCCAGCAGUGUUCCCCUGUAUCAGCCAGCUGACUUGCCAUGUGACCGAUAUCCGUGUCCGCCAGGCAGUACGGGAAUGGCUGGGAAGAGUGGGCCGAGUUUACGAUAUCAUCAUUUAAACCAAGCAGUGCUCUGUUGCAAAGGGCAAAAGACAUUCAAGGUAUACAGCAAAGAAGUAUUUGGGGUUCAUUAGUUGCCUAUUUGUUGGUCGUAAAUUAAGAAACAAUGAGCUUGUUGAUUUAUGUCAUCCACUUGAGAUUGUGUGUUCCUCGCUCACACUAGCAAAGGAGGCAAAACAUGAGUCUGUCCAAGUGUCUGGCAUGGCCUCAGAACCCAGAAACUACCAGUAAGUCAGGCUGGUACCUGAAGGGGUGAUAGAUUUAGUACCCUUCAUUUUAAUUCAAAUUUGCGACAGUGGGAGCCACAAGAAACUGCAGCAGAACUUACACACUUGCAAUUAGCUGUGAAUGCAACUGUCAUGUGGAUGUCAAACCAGGUCAGUAAGCCUAUGUAACUUAAAUAAAUAAAUAAAUGCAAGUCAGGAAAAAGAUGGAGCUGUAUGACAAGGAAAAACAUGACACUUUUUAGGAUAACAUUUUCCCUUCAAAAAUUAGCAUGAGAGAGGAUAGGCAACUAAAGACUAUUAUAGUAACCAUAUACAUCACUUACUAAAGAAAGUGGAAAUUGAUUUUGCUCCAAGAAGAGCCUUUGAAGUCUGGUCACAUUUGGAGUAGCUAAAGUAUUCCAGGUCUAAAACUGGUGAACCAAGCACAGACUAUUGAUCCUUUCAUUGCUCUCGUGGGGUAUUGCUUGAAGAGAAAUGGCACUGUCGAGCUGCCCUCUCUCCAGUGCUACCCUGGCUGCCUCUUCAGCUAUGCCUACAGCUGACCACUUUUUCACAGGUCAAAUUCCCCCUAAGGGCAAAAGGGAAGUUUGUUUUGUGUUUCUUGUGAAGCUGUGGGGAAGACACAACACAGAGUAAAUACCAGCAUGUGCCGGUAUGCAGCAUUCAACUAAGCAGAGUAGGGAUAAAGUGUUCCAGUUUAAGCAACACUGUGGCUAUGAUUCUACUGGAAAUUUGUUUGCUUAUAUAGAGCUGCUGUAACCAGGAACACCCUUAUCACCUUUGUUAAAUGUAGCCUAUCAUUUCACAUUGAGCUGGAGCAAGAUGGAAAAUAGUCUGAAAGUCUUUCCUGUUUCUCUCCCAUUUCUUACCUGCUGCUCCUCGUGGAGGUUCAUCCCCCUCUGUGCAGCACUCCUAUAGAGACUACUGCAAUUUGCUGUUAUUAGGAAGAGGGAGGAGAAGGGGAAGGAUUGACUUGUGUUGUCAAAUGCAUAUGUGAUGCUCUUCGCACUAGACACAGCAAAGGGUUACCUUGCUGCACAAGUUAUGUCACGGCCCCUGGGACAUUCCAUCUGGAACUCCCAUGCCACAUAAUUUGUUGAUCAGAGUUGAAAUAACUUGUUGAAAAUAAGUUGAUUUUUAAUCUUUGGUGACCCCUUAAUGCUGUUCUCCCAAGACUUUUAAAAUGUGCAUACCAACUAAAUAUACAGCUUCAGUCCCCGCUCCAAAGCAUUCUAAAAGUGUCAUCUCUUUAUAUCAGGCCUGGAUUUUGCACAACUAACUGCUUUUAGCAUCUUAAACCUAGAAAACCCGAGGGAGCCAAGAGGCUUCACUGAACAGCCAUCACCCAAGCUGCUGUGUUUACAAAGAGUCUGCCAGUAUCCCCCUGCCUUUUACCUCUGUUGCCUACUUUCCAUUUGUCACCUGUUAGACUUGUGCAGGGAAUAUUUGUCCCAUAAAUUUCUGUAGUGUCAGUCAUGCUGUUUCCCUUUCUUUCGAAACUUCUCUUUGCUAAACUGUUUAAAGGACAUAAAAGUUCCAUAAAAACAACUCUUUCCUACCACCUAAACUGAAUUUAUAAAUGACCAACAAUUUUUUCAAUUGUCAGUUUUCUCCCAACAGUUUAAAUACUUCCUUGGGGACAGGUUAGAUUAGCCUUUGGUAUCUGGGAGAGUUGUAGCACAGUUUGAGUUCUGUUGCCAUGUCCUUCUUAUACAUCUUUAGGUAGAGUGGUUAUAUUUUUUGUGCAAGUUUUUACUGGGCAUCUAUAUAGAACUGGUUUUAAAGCAGUACAUUAGUUAGGCAACAACAGAAAUCAGAAUAAUAAACCAUAUGCAAAACAGGUUUUGAUUAUUUAAAGAAACCCAGGUUUUCAUUAUAAAUUAUAUGAAUGGAUGCAGAUCCUUGUGGUACUGAUCUAAAACUAAAGAAAAUCCCUAGAUUACGUUGGGGUACUAAAAUUGGCAGCAGUACUGGUGAAAUCACCCAGGACUACAGAAGAGACCCUAGUAUCUAGGAAACACUAUGCCUAUGUGUUCUGGUUGCAAUACGAAAUCCUUCUGCAAAACAGAAAAAAAAGCUCUAGGAGUGACAAUACUACUACCACCUCUCUCAAGUCAUGAACAGUAUAACCUAGUAUUAUCUGAUUAGCCACCAUCUUGACCUAAAAUAUAAUUUAAUUUCAACUAUUUACACUAGAACUACCAUACUGGAAAAUGAGGAGUAGAUUUGCUAUACUGCUGUUGCCCUGUUUUAAACAUCGUCCUUCAAAUUGUGCACCAAGUGCCCAUUGUCACCCUCAGUGCCUCUUCUUAUUAACAUCCCUCCAUAAGAGGUCAUGAGUAACUUCGAGUAAUUCCAGAAACGUGAUUUAAAAGGAGGGGUGUGGGGUUUGAAGCAGAAAGCUUUACAUAGCAAAAUUCAGCAUGUUCUGCUCUUCCUUUUCUUUAUGUGUUAAAUGAUAAGCAGGUGAGGAGAGCAGCCCAGGGCCACUUCAGUAACCAUUAAUCUGAGAUGCAGAAGCCUUCCGAUGCACCUUCAAAUUAUAAACAAAUAAAAAAAUUGAGUUAGUUCAUUGGAUUCUCAGCAAUUUUUUUGCUAGUUUAGCCAUAGACAUCAGCAAGCCCCAAAGAAGUAGAACAAUAAACAUGUGAAGUCACUAUUUCAUAGAUCUGUGCAAUCUGUUUCAUGGCUCAUGGCUGCCACCUUUCAACCUCAAGCUUUUAGCCCAAAGGAGGAGUCUGCCAUAAGCUGCAUCAGCCUGUCAUAAGCUUCAGGAGGGGAUUCCCAAACAUCCCAGUCAUGUCCAGCUACAUGUCCACGCUACAGCAGCUUUUCUGCUUUCCACUUGUGAGUGGGGAAGCACCUCAAUCAGUAGCACAAAGUAGCCCUUGUACACGUGUAAGUCUUUCUCACACAUAUAACCCAUUCAAAUCCUCACUUAUAGCUCUAUAACUUAAUCCAUGAGCUAACAGCAGCAUCUUGGCAGCUUUACUCUGGUGGCUUGACAUCCUUCUCAGGUACCAGAGCUGCACCUCUGCUGCCUUUGCCUAAUUCACACUGCCCUCCUCAGGGUCACUGCAGCAAGCAGAGGCAAGGACACUCAUUUUCAAAUCUUGUAGGCAACCACUAACAGAGAAAGUUGCUGUUGUCCAUCAUCAACUACCUUUAAGCACAUGAAAUAGCUCAUCACUGUGCAAAUAUUUAAAGCGGACAAAAGCAGAGCACUCAUCAAGAAAGUGAUCCUUCUCUUACAUACCAGAAGCAAGGUUUGACCCCAGCUUACAUGAUCUCAGGCCAUUGCAUGUGUUUGCACUUUAUUCCGUACUGUGAACACAUGCAGAUGUAUGAGAUGAUUGAUGCCUGUAUCUACAGAUACCUGUAGCUUCAGUCACUGUCAUAUUCUGAGCAUUCAGCAGAUUUACAGAGAGCUAAUCCACAUUAGUAGUAUGUUUAUCAUGCUGUCCAAGUGCUUAUAUCACACCAGCACUGGUUAACCCAGUUACUCUGGUACAUUUUCUAAACAUUCAUCAGCCAUAGAAUUACCACCACUAUCUUUUGGUUAACAUGCUUUUAUGUCGUUAAGAUGUUAAGAUACAGAUUUAAUAUUUUCCUGGGGAUAAACACUCAUGUGAGAAUAACUGACUUAAUUUAGCAUCUAGAAAGAAUUGCUAGGAAAAGAUUUAGGCAAAACUUUCCUUGUACAACUCCAAGCACAGGCAACACAGUUUUUUGCUUUAUCACAGAUAAAAAAUUCAUGUCCUCUGCACUAUGGCUGGCUCAUGCCAAGGCCAAGCACAGUUUACACCUGUGACUUGUAAGGUGCUUUGCCUUUCAGGUUGAGCUUCAAAUUUUUUUAAAACCUAAACAUUAACCUAAAUUCACUAACAAAUUCUCACUUGCCAAAGAUAUAACCCCCACCUCUAAGUACCUUAUGUUACUGUGUGUAAUCAUCAUCUGUACUUGAUACAGCAGCAUUUCAAUGUUGGUAUUGACACUUCAGAGCUUGGCACAGCACUGGCGUAAAACCGAGCAGCAAACAAACUAGCAAGUAGAGAGGUCCAGCUCCAUGUGCUGCCUGCACUUUGAAUGUGGGCCUAACGUGUGAAGAAAGGUACAAAGUGCCAAAGCUGUUGAAAUCCAUGGAAGUUAAGUACCUAGACAUCUUCACUACUCAGGACUCGGUCCUUGAAUCCUUUAGUCUCUACAUACGGGUUUACAAAUUCUCAGGAAAGGGUAAGUCCUGUACAGUUCCUCACAUCACCCAUUCUGCUGCUGUCCCCUAUACAGCUCUUACCUGAAGAAUCCACAGGAACCAGCACAUAGUCCCAUGCAUCCCAGUGCUGCAAAAUUGGAACCUUUGCUUUUGCACAGAUCCAGUAGGAGGCUGACCCAAACAAGCUGAAGUGUUUUAUUUUUUACCUACCUCCUCAUCUGUAUAGAAGCCAAUUGAGAAACUGAGCAUGUGGUUUGGUUAUUGUCACCUUUAGCAAUCCAUUCUAGACAUGCCAUUUCUCAGUGAUAAAUUGUUUUAAAUUCACAAAAAAAGGGAAUUGCUCUCUUUUUUUUCCCGCUUUUGUACUAAGAUCAUGUUUAAGCAGGCUACUUACUCAUUACUCCAGUUACAGUCAUUUAUGAAAAGACCUGUGUACAUGACAAAAAAACCCUAACCGUAUUUUGUAAGUAUAGAAGGACCAAGUUACCAUAGCACAGAAGCACAAAUGUUGGAUUUUAUGCAAUAUAGAUAACAGCAUCCGGCAGCUAGUGAUCCCUCUUCACUGAAACUCCCUAUUUUGAGUGGAGCUUCUAUAGGGAUAUGAUAAAGGGUCUCUUAGUGGCCCUCACCAGCAACACACCUGGGACUCCAGGAAGUUGUACAGCUGCAAGGAAGAAGUCGUAUAUCCUCUUUCUGUUGUUUCCACUAAUCCCCCUCAGAACAUAUAAUUAAUAUGUAACACUAAUAUACUAAACAGACAGAUUUGGCCAAACAUGCAGUGCUGGAUAUUUAAAAAUAAAAAAUGAAAACACACAUGGCCUAAGUAUGCACCAGUCUUUUCACUUAGUGGUCAGAGGUCUCCCAGCUGAAAAUUAAAACCAGAGGGAAGAAGAAAUGCCCUAAUUCUGUGGUUAUUAGUGGAGCUGCACUGUAUGAUCCUGGAUUAAUGCAAUACUGAGCUUGCCUGUGGAACCAGAUCCCUCAAAUUCCAGUUUUUGGCAAAAUCACAGGUUGAGGUUUGCAUAGUGUGCACUGCCACAUUGAAUCAGGAUUUAUGAAAGCAUUUUUGGUUAAGAAACAUGGCAACAGGAUCUAUUUCAAUCCUUUUACCCCAACAUCCCACUUUUCAAAAGGUAGUUUAUGUACUUCCAUAAAUUUCAUCUAAAUACCAUGGAGAACCAAGGCCCUGUUUCCUAUCCAUGCAUUUGGUUCAUCUGGGCUGCACUGAAGUGCCAUGCUUUCACAAGAAGCAAGCUGCAGUGAGAGGCACAGGUACACAGGUGAAAGCAAGGGACAAAUAUCACCUCCAUAAGCAGGCUGUGGUUCCUGAGCCACCUACUCUUCAGGGGAAGGCAGGAUUGAUACCAAAGGGGAAACAGCCAGGAAUGGCAGAGCAUGGUGGUGACAAAGCCCUGUACUGCCUGUUGUUUGCUGGUGCAGAUGGGAGCAAGAGAUUGAGAAGUACACAAUGACAGUAGCAAGCACCUUCUUUCAGUUCCUCCUACUUUCUGUUCUCUGCCUCUUUUCUCUCCCCACUUUUGGUCAUUAUUUGUGAGACUGCAAACAUACUUCUAUGGGCCCUUCAACCAGAACUGAAGGCAAGCCAAAGGGAGUGAACACUCCAUUUCACCAAAGAUCUAAGCCUUUCCUGUUUGAAAAUUAAAAAAAUAAAAAUUUUAUUUCCAUGAUGAUGGCUGCCACAGGAAGCAUUUUACCACAAAACAUGAUUCCCAGGACUUAAUCUCUCUAGCUGUAUAUUCAGGAGGAGCCAAUAAUAUUUUUUAAGAGAGACUAUAAAUCACCUUGUCAAGCAAGUGCUUACAUGGGGUUUACCUUCUGCUAAUUUGAUACCUAGCUGCAAUUCCUUGGUCUCAUCCAUGUUUCCUCCCUCUACCUUUCUGCUCUUCUUUAGAAAAACACCUUCCUAUGUCUGCUGCGUCCUGUUGUGCCGCUAGCUUUGUAUGGUCCUUGGGUGUCCAGUGGUCGGGCAGUCACUGUCAGCUGGCUUGCAAAUUGUAUUUUGUGUAUAUUUUAUUCUGACUGAAUUCUGAAAUGGAAAUAUUUUAAAACAAAAAGUAUAAACUAUUUAUGUUGUUUGUGUUGUAGAAUAAAGAUUCAAAUGCAAAAUAAA